UUGACCUGCUGAGUGGACUAAAGAUGGGGGAGCAAGGUGGUUGGCUGGAGGCUAACAGAGAAGACUGGGCAGCCAUCUUAGAUUCCCAGAACCAGGCCGGUGCAGCCAGGGACCCGGGGGACAACAUCACUGAGAAGGCCAGGACCAGAGGCAACAUAGUGGAGUCUGCAGUCCAUGAGGACCUGCUGAUAUCCGGUGUUGCUGGCAGGCGAGACUGGACCUCUGAGGCGGCUGGUCACAAACCUUGGCUCCGGAUCAGGACCCUGGAUCAGGAGCCGUCACUUUUCCUUUCCGAGUCAGAAACAGAACCGAACCAUGAGGGACAGAGACUCCACCACAACCACCACACAGAACACAACCAGUGGACAGGUGGACUAAACAACCUCAGUCCUACUGGUCAUCAGAUAGACAGAGGCUCCAGUCAUGGAUCCAGUCUGCAGCCCAGACCCUUCUCUUUACAGUCUCAGUGCAGGGAUGAAGCAGGGCCUGGGGCUGAUAGAGAUAGACCCUCCUGUUCCUAUGAUACAAACACCACAGUAUCCAUGAUGAACAGAGCAGGUCACCCUGGGCUUCAGUCUUCACAGAGAGUAGUGGGAGACAUCCCCGGUGAGAGUCUAACAGGAAGUCUGUCUUCUCCUUCAGGAUCUUGUCUAAUGCCUGGAGAAUGGGUUCAUAGAGGGCCUGGACCUGGGUCUAGCCUUCCUCAGUUACCUCAUGGUUACCCCACCAAUACAGACAGGGUCAGGAUGAGCGUUCACCACAAGAGGUACCUAUCCUAUAACACAGCACACAAUCCCAACAACACCCAAACAAUGGCUAGAGGUCAAGGAGGGAGCUUAAAGACUAACCACCUGAGGGUGGUGACUCCUGCUUCUGCCUCGUCUGGUGUCAUUGGGUCACAACGUGGGAGGCCGUGUAUUAGGACGGACGCCGACAAGCCGUACGCCUGCCCCACAUGUGGGAAGCGCUUCGCUAGAGCAGACUAUUUGAGGGAGCACCAGACCGUUCACACCAAGGACAAGCCCUUCAAGUGCAAACUAUGUUACAAGAGCUUCUCCUUCCUGACUAACCUUAUCAGACAUAGGAGUGUCCACAACCGGGAGAAAUUGUAGCAGUGUGACUCGAGAUGUACGCAGGGGAUAUCUGGGAACUAUUCUUAAGUUGACAUAUACAGUGGGGAGAACAAGUAUUUGAUACACUGCCGAUUUUGCAGGUUUUCCUACUUACAAAGCAUGUAGAG